UAAGUGUUCGAUAUGAAUAUGGUCAAAUGCUUACAAAAUCAUAACCAUAUUUUUACUCUAAACAGUCAGAUAGGACUUCAGUUUUCCUAUGUCAAUAUCAGCCGAAACAAUAAACCACCGAAGUGAAAAACCUUUUUCACCGAUUUAUGCAUCAGGAAACGUCGUUGCAAAAAUCGAUAAAUAACUAAAGAGCCCCCAGUUUUUCAAAUCUCGUUGCGUCUCGAGAAUUCUCGCUUAGAAUGCGUCUACCGAUCAAGACUUUUCCAAUACUUAGACGCUUGCCGUGAAAUGGUCUUUUAGAGAAACUGUUAGCGAACAGCAUGGAUCCUGACCAGACUGUGCGAAUGCACAGGCUGGUCUGGAUCCGUGCUGGUCGCAAAGCUACUAUGUUGGUUUUCCCAUGGCACGGCUCAAAUGUGUUUUCUUUAAUAGCUUUAUAUAAAUGUAUAGUAUCUAUAAGAGUAAUGUACUGUGUUCUACAUACUAUGAUUAUCACAUGUUUAGGUGAUGGAAGAAUGGACUCUCCAGGCCACUCUGCGCAAUACUGCACCUACACUCUCAUGGAAAAUGACACCAAGGACCUUCUGUGUAGUAUCAUAAUUGACAAGAGAAUGACUGAUCUCAAGUCAACAAAUAUGGAGAAAGAGGGACUGAUCCGAGGGCUGAGGACAUUGAGAGAGAACAGAGUGGUUGUAAAGGAAUUAGUGACUGAUGCUAGCACUACUAUCGCUGCUAUGAUGAAAAAUCAGUAUCCUGAUAUAACACAUACCUUCGACACUUGGCAUGGAGCAAAGAACUUUGGGAAAAAAAUAGGAGCAGUAUCCAGUCUAUAAAGCAAGAAACUACUUGGCAGGACUGGACUAUCAGAUUUACAAGGAAAGACCAUUUCUGAUGAAUAAGAAUGGCGAAUUUAGACUUCAUAGAUGCUUCUCUAAACGAAGUGGAACAUACAGCUGCUACAAAGAGAAAGUGCCAAAGACAUACACAUAUGUAGAACAGUUGCUCCAAGAUAUUCUGCAUUCAGUAGCUACAAGAAUCGAACCCUUAAGAACUCCAGUGACGCUUACACCUACAGACCCUCAAAAGAUCAAGAGAA